GGGCGGAGCACAGAUUCCGGUUCCGGGUGUUUUCAUAUUGCUCAUUCGGAGGCUCCCUCAGACCUCUGAUUAUGAUAUUUAUCACAAAAAAAUAUCUCAACCCACGACUGUUUCAAAUAGUUUUCUUUUAAUAAAGGAAGUUCCGCUCAAGCCGCGACCAUGACGACCCGCUCGGAGAGAGAGAAGGCCCAGAAACUCAACGAGCAGCACCAGGCCAUCCUGUCCAAAAUGCUGAGGGAGGAAGACAACAAGUACUGCGCCGACUGCGAGGCGAAAGGUCCCAGAUGGGCAUCCUGGAAUCUGGGAGUUUUCAUCUGCAUCCGGUGUGCAGGCAUCCACAGGAACCUGGGAGUUCACAUAUCCAGGGUGAAAUCAGUCAACCUGGACCAGUGGACCACAGAACAAAUCCAGAGCAUACAGGAAAUGGGGAACACGAGGGCCAGGCGGCUUUAUGAGGCCAACCUUCCAGACAACUUCAGAAGACCUCAAACAGACCAAGCAGUGGAAUAUUUAAUCAGGGAUAAAUACGAGAAGAAGAAAUACUACAACAAAAGCGCGAUCAAUGGGAGCAGUCCCAAAGACAUUAAGAAAGAGCGGGAGCCGGACCGAGGGAGCAAGGUGUCGUCUUACACCAAGAAUGAAGAGCCCAAGUCAGUUCCCAAAGUCAGCCCAGUGAAGACUUCAGAACCUUCUGUGAACCUACUAGGCCUUGAUGCACCAGCUGCUGCUGCCGCCCCAUCAACUAACAACGGAAGCCCGAGCACAAGCCAGAACAACGACCUGGAUAUAUUUGGUCCCAUGGUGUCCAACCCCCUCCCAUCAUCUUCAUCCAUAGCUCAGUUCUCUCAGGUGAGCGCCAGUAACUCGGCCAGUACUCCAACACAACCUCCAGCAGCAGGAGGCGCAGGAGGCGCAGCCAGCUCAGGGUCCGGGCAGAGCGACCUCGACCUGUUCGGUGAAAGCGGUAGCACCACUAAAACUGAGGACGCAGCCAAGAAGCCUCUGUCCAAGGACUCCAUCUUGUCUUUGUAUGGAACCAACAGCAUGCCCCAGCAGGCCCCCCCUGCUGGCAUGUUCAUGAGCCCCCCUCAGAUGCAGUUUCCAGUCCAGGCUCCUGCUGGGUACCAGGCCUUUCCUGGUAUGGGCUCAGCCGUGCCACCCACCACUGUCAUGGGCGCCAUGAUGGGACCCACACCGGGCAUGAUGGUUGGCAUGACAAUGCCGAACGGCUUCAUGGGGAACGCGCCUGCUGCCGGUAUGAUGGGCAUGGCCCCCAGGAUGAUGGGACCACAGGGUGCUCCGAUGCCUGCAGGCAUGGUGCCGCCUCAGGGCAUGUACGCCAUCCAGCCGGGGCAGCAGGCCCAGUGGAACAUGGGUCAGGUGAACCAGCAGAUGUCAGGACUGGCUCUGAACGGCGCAGGAGGCCAGGUGGGCUUCGGUCAGCCCCCAGCAGCCAUGGGGGGGUGGGCCGCCGCCGGGUCCGGCCAGACUCUGAGCACACAGCUAUGGAAGUGAGCCUCGGAGCGGGUCGGCGCUCAGGCAAUAUAGGAGCUGAGGUUACAGAAAGUGCAAAAAAAAAAAAA